AUGGAACGUUUACAGGACAACAGUUGCGUGACAUUAACUGCCCCAUCAGGAGUUGGAAAAUCAUUCAUUACAAGACACACAGCUCUAGUUUUAAAAAAGGAAGGAUACAAUAUAAUACUAGUGUACUCACCAACAGACAUUAGAGAUUAUUAUCAACCUGGUAAACAGACAGUCUUUAUUGUAGAUGAUAUUUGUGGAAAUUUCACUGUCAACCAACAACAAAUUGAUCAAUGGAAACAGAUGUUACCUGUGAUUAACACAAUUAUUACAGACAAAUGUUGUAAGAUUAUUGUAUCAUGUAGGUUACAAGUCUAUAACGAUGAAAUGUUUAAUAUAUUAUCCCCUUUUAAAGCUUGUGAAUGUAAUUUAAUAUCAGAUAAGUUAUGUCUUACAUCUAAGGAGAAGACAAAGAUAGCAAAAACUUAUAUUGGUACAAGCGUGAAAUAUAUUGAUGCUUCAUCACGUAAAUGGGAAUUUUUUCCACUGUUAUGUUGUUUAUGUCAUGAAAAAGAAGAUGUUAAUGUCAAAGAUUUUUUCAAAAAUCCUUUUGGUGUCUAUAAAAGUCAAUUAGACAUGUUAUUGGUGCAUAGGGAUGAAGGGAAAUAUAAGAUAUGUAGUCUUGCUUUGUGUGUUCUUUUUAAUAAUCAGCUUAACGAAACAUGGUUCCAGGGUAAAAUGACAAAUGAACAACGACAGAUCUUAAAAGACACAUGUGAGGCUUGUGAGUUCAACAGCAUACCAAAGGCAAAACUAAAGAAAGCACUUGACACUCUUGUUGGUACAUUUAUUUUUAAACAGAAUGGUUUUUAUAGAACUGUACACGAUAAACUGUUCGACUUCCUUACUCAUUACUUUGGUCAGAAAAUGAUUGAAUGCCUUAUAGACCAUGGUGAUAGUGAUUUAGUACAUGCACGUUUUAUUUGGCGGAAAUCAUCAGAUGACAAGAACAGUAACAUAGAGUUCAUUAUUGAAAUACCAGAUGAGUAUUUAGUAUCAUAUUUAGAAAGGUUUGUAAAAGACUGGUCAGCCAGAAAGGUCACAGCUGUAUUCAAUAACAAUAACAUGAAAUUAUCAUCAUUCAGACAACAGUUAUUACAGUACUUACUACGACUGGGCAAAUUAGAACAAGAAACAUUAGCCAGUACCAAGGAUAAAAUGGUACAAAAGGGGAGCUGGAAUUCAGGUAAUACUCCACUGGUAUAUUCUUGUUAUACUGGUUAUACUGAUAUGGUUCAGUGGAUGUUACAUACUGAUGUGGAUGUGGAUCAAUGUAGAGAUGAUGGAGUUACUGGAUUAUUCAUGGCAAGUCAGAAUGGACACACAGAUAUAGUAAAGUUACUGUUAGAGAGGAAUCCUAAUGUUGAUCUAUGUGAAAAUGAUGGAUGUAGUCCUUUAUUCAAAGCAAGUCAGUAUGGACAUACUGAAAUAGUAAAGUUACUGUUAGAGAAGAAUCCUAAUGUUGAUCUAAGUAGCAAUGAUGGUUCUAGUCCCCUGUGCAUGGCAAGUCAGGAUGGACAUACUGAUAUAGUAAAGUUACUGUUAGAGAAAAAUCCUGAUGUUGAUCUUUGUAACAAGGAUGGCGGUAAUCCUCUCUACAUGGCAAGUCAGAAUGGAUAUACUGAUAUACUUCAGUUAUUGUUAGAGAAGAAUCCUAAUGUUGAUCUAUGUAAUAAGGAUGGUGUUAGUCCUCUGUUUAUGGCAAGUCAGAACGGACAUACUGGUAUAGUAAAGCUACUGUUAGAGAAGAAUCCUAAAGUUGAUCUAUGUGGCAAUGAUGGUGUUAGUCCUUUGUUAAUGGCAAGUCAGAAGGGACAUACUUUUAUAGUAAAGGCACUGUUAGAGAAGAAUCCUGAUGUUGAUCUAUGUAACAAGGAUGGUGUCAGUCCUCUGUACAUGGCAAGUCAGAAUGGACAUACGAAUAUAGUAAAGUUACUGUUAGAGAAGAAUCCUAAUGUUGAUCUACGUGAAAAAAAUGGCUGUAGUCCUUUGUGCAUCGCAAGUCAGAAGGGACAUACUUUUAUAGUAAAGGCACUGUUAGAGAAGAAUUGUCAUGUGGAUCUAUGUUCCAAUGAUGGCUGUAGUCCUCUGUACAAAGCAAGUCAGAAUGGACACACAGAUAUAGUAAAGUUACUGUUAGAGAGGAAUCCUAAUGUUGGUCUAUGCGACAAUGAAAACCGCAGUCCUCUCUUUAUGGCAAGUCAGGAAGGUCAUACUGAUAUAGCAAAGUUACUGUUAGAGAGGAAUUCUAAUGUUGAUCUUCGUGACAAUUAUGGUUUCACACCACUGAUCCAGGCAUGUAUUUGUAACCGCACAAGUACAGUACAUCUUCUAAUAACACAUGCACCACUCAUUAAUGCACAGACAUUUGAUGGUGGUAGUGCUUUAUAUUUCAGUGCAUUAAAUGGUAACCUAGAGAUGACAGAGUUACUGUUAGAGAAUAAUGCUGACUGUAAUAUAUGUAUCCAUAGUAAACAGUCUAUAACAGAUACAUUAAAUAAACAUCCAUGGAAAACAUUGGACAAAACAAAACAACUAGUAUUUGAUAGUCUCGUGAUGAAUACAUCAUCAGAUGGAAUAGAUUAUGUCAGUAAGAAAUCAGUGAAUUAUGCCUUUGAUGUAGUAGCUGGUUCUUCUCCAUUACACAUUGCCUGUUUUGUAGGUAGGAUAGAUGUAGUCCGUUGUCUUCUGAAUCACAAUGCUAACAUCAACAUAAUGAAAGAAGAUGGAACAACACCAUUAUAUUAUGCGAGUGAAGUAGGACAUGAGGAUAUUGUACGUUUAUUGUUAGAUAAAGGUGCAGACACACUGAUUUGUAAACUUGAUGGAAAAUCUCCUUUACGCAUUGCUACAGAUAAUGGACAUACAUCUAUAGUAGUAAUUGAAACAGAACACAUGACAAAGGAGGGGGGAAAUAUGUUCUUUAAAGUUUGUUCUUUAGUCAGUGUAUUUCUUGAAUAUUUUUGA